AUGGGAAGAACUGAGUUCAAAUGUUCAGUGUCUUGUGGAGAUGGUGAAAGAAAUCGUAUUGUUACUUGUCAGCGCCUUUCUGAUAACGAGGUUGUGAAUGAUUUGUUUUGUGCUGGAACUAAGCCAUCUCAACUUGAAACAUGUACACGUCCAUCAUGUUCAGAACCCAAGUUAGAUGGAAUUUUUUUAAACAGUGAGAAUAUGAACUCUCGCCAAGAAAAAAUGUUGUCAUCAUUUGAUGCAGAGAAUGAAAAGACCAAUCUACUGUUAACGCCAACUUGUGAUGCUGAUUGUGGUGGUGGUACAAGAUCUCGCAGCGUGACUUGUCAGAACUCGCAGACACAAUACAAUGUAUCAGAUACCGAAUGUCCAUUACCAAAACCAUCGGAAUUGGAAGAAUGUAAUAUCGACCCAUGUCCAGGUUGUGAUGAAGUUGUUACUUCAGAAAAGAUAGUCUCAUCACCAGGCUAUCUAGCAGGUUUGAAUUAUGAUAACAACAUAGAUUGUACUGUAACAGCACUAGCUCCUACAGGCCAGUGUGUGCGUCUUACUUUCCUUAAUCUACAAAUACAACCAGGAAGUAUGCAAGGAGUUUGUGACUUUGAUUAUCUCAUGAUAACAGACAUGGGUAACUCUGCAUUGACGGACACCAUGUGUGGCAGUGAGUCAAGAACCUUCUCAUCGGUAACUGGACAAGUUGAGAUUUUAUUGCAUUCAGAUGGUUCAAUAACAAACCAAGGUUACCAUCUUUACGUCACCUUCAUAGAAUGCCCGCUUUAUACAUUUGUACCAGGUGACUGGCAAGAGUGUAAUGUGGAAUGUGGUGGAGGGAUGAGAACGCGUCUUGUACAGUGCCAGAGAAUAUCGGAUGGUAUCGAGAUGCCAGUCAGCUUCUGUAGUGGUCCACAACCUGCUGCCUCUGAGCCUUGUAAUACACAGCCUUGUCCAGGUUGUGAUGCAUCUUUCACAGUUGGUAAUCAGUUUAUUCAAUCUACAAACUAUCCUCUGUCAUAUCCACCUAAUCAAGACUGUGUCUACACUGUCAGUAACACACAAGGAUGCAUUUCUCUCCAAUUUUUGGAUUUUAAUUUGGAAGCCCAUCCCACAUGUGAUAAUGACUACCUUAUGAUUCAGGAUUUGGGUGACUCUGCACUAGACAGAAAACUUUGUGGAGGAAACUUACCACAAAUAUGGACAUCUACAAGUGGCAAUGAUGUUGCUAUUACGUUUCACAGCAAUGACAAUAUUCAAGACAAAGGCUUCUACAUCUAUGAAACAUUUGUACCCUGUCCUCUGUAUGCAUGGAGUCUUGGAGCCUGGAGUGAUUGCUCACUUGACUGUGGUGGUGGCUCUCGUACACGAACUGUACAAUGUCAGUUGAUAUCUUCAGGAGCUGUUGUUAUGGAUAAUCUUUGUACUGGACCAAAGCCAUUUGAAACUGAAGACUGCAAUACACAACCAUGUCCUGAUUGUGAUGAAUCUUUCACAGCUGGUUAUCAGUUUAUUCAAUCUACAAACUAUCCUCUGUCAUACCCACCAAAUCAAGACUGUGUCUACACUGUCAGUAACACACAAGGAUGCAUUUCUCUCCAAUUUUUGGAUUUUAAUUUGGAAGCCCAUCCCACAUGUGAUAAUGACUACCUUAUGAUUCAGGAUUUGGGUGACUCUGCGCUAGACAGAAAACUUUGUGGAGGAAACUUACCACAAAUAUGGACAUCUACAAGUGGCAAUGAUGUUGCUAUUACGUUUCACAGCAAUGACAAUAUUCAAGACAAAGGCUUCUACAUCUAUGAAACAUUUGUACCCUGUCCUCUGUAUGCAUGGAGUCUUGGAGCCUGGAGUGAUUGCUCACUUGACUGUGGUGGUGGCUCUCGUACUCGAACUGUAGAAUGUCAGUUGAUAUCUUCAGGAGCUGUUGUUAUGGAUAAUCUUUGUACUGGACAAAAGCCAUUUGAAUCUGAAGACUGCAAUACACAACCAUGUCCUGGAUGUGAUGAGGUUGUAUUAGUUGGUUCUCAAACAAUUGGAUCACCAAACUAUGGAAUUGGAAAUUAUCCUCCAAACCAGGACUGUAUUUAUACCAUCACAAACAAUCAAGCAUGUGUCAGGUUGUUGUUUUUGAACUUUGACCUGGAGCCUGGCACAACCGUGGAUGUGUGUGAUAGAGAUUACCUCCGGAUUGAAGAUCUGGACUACCCUGGACUGGUGGAGACCUACUGUGGCGAUACAACUCCACCCAAUUGGAUGUCAGCUAGUGGUAAUGUUAAGCUGACUUUCCAUAGUAACAACAAUAAUGAACACGCUGGAUUCUCUGUGUUUGAAACUUUUAUUGCUUGUCCUGUAUUUGAUUGGGUAGCAGGAGCAUGGGGUGAUUGUGAUGUGACCUGUGGAACUGGUAUGAGAAGACGUACUGUGGAAUGUCUGGAUGUACAAUCUAAUGAACCCGCUGUAAAUGAUUCACUGUGUCUGAAUAGCAGACCUGAUGAUGCCGAGAUAUGCACUGAAGCACCUUGUGCCGUGGACUGCGAUGUCUCUGUGACGAGUAGUUCAACAAUAUCAUCCUACAACUACCCAGAUGACUAUGUUAAUAAUUUGGACUGCGUGACAACAAUAUACAAUGCUGAUGGAUGUAUCAACUUCCUGUUUCUAAAUUUUGAUUUGGAGUCUGGUACUGUAAAUGAUGUGUGUGACACUGACUAUGUCAAGAUUGAAGAUGUCUCUGGCGGAGAAGAACAGUUCUUCUGUGGUACUUAUUCACCAUUGCCAAGUUGGCAAUCCUCAACAGGUAAUGUCAGGUUGACAUUGCACACCAAUGAUGCACUCACUGCAGGGGGCUACCAGAUUUUUGCUGUAUUUGGUGACUGUCCAAGCUACACCUGGACAACUGAAGCAUGGAGUCAGUGUACAGCAGAUUGUGGUGGUGGUACUCAAUCUCGUGUUGUGAGUUGUAUUGAUGUGGUAACCCAGGUUGUUGUACAAGAAUCCAGUUGUACUGAUGCCAAGCCUGCCACAUCCCAAGUCUGCAAUACUCAACUCUGCAUACAAUACUGUGGUCGUGUUAUAACUGACAGUAGUACAGCUGAGUUAACAUCACCCAACUAUGAUGGUGUGUCUCUGUAUGAUAACAAUGAAGAUUGUAUGAAUACUAUUCUCAGUCUUCAGAGUCAGUGUAUCAGAAUCAUGUUUGUAUCUAUGGAUAUUCAGUUGGGAUCUACGUCAAGUGUCUGUGACAAUGACUACCUUGAACUUUCUGACAACAGCAACCCUGCUUUAACUACCAGAUAUUGUGGAACUUCACUGCCUCCUGAUUGGAUAUCCACUGGCUCCACUGUGGCAGUCAAGUUUGUAACAAAUAGCAACAAUGUAGCAAGAGGAUACAAAAUCAAUUAUCAGUUUGUAUCUUGUUCUGUUCCACAAUGGGUUACUGGUAGUUGGCUUACUUGUUCUGUCUCCUGUGGAAGUGGAACACAAUCACGUACUGUAUCCUGUCAGAAUGAUGCAGGUUGUACUGCUACAUGUGGUGGUGGAACAGAAUUCUACAGUGUGACUUGCUUGGAUACCCAGACGGGUUUGACUGCAACUUCUGAAGCUUUAUGUACAGGCACUAAACCUGCGAAUAGUCUAACUUGUAAUACUGAUCCAUGUGGUGGGACUACAGCUUAG